UGUAAAACACAAGUCAAUGCUUCGUAUUGUAAAUGCUCCCGCUCUCACCAAAUCUCUCUUUCUUCCUUUGGUAGCUGCAAAACCUUCUUCUCUUGUUCCUGUUAAACCCUAAAAAUCCACCACCACCUGAAUUCCACACUGCACAUCGCACACCACCUUCUUCAACCGUCAAUUUCUCCAAAUUCAACGCGCCGCCGAUUUAUUCGCACCAGUAGUCUCGCCGUUUGGGAUUUUCAAUCUGCACCGCAGCUCCAGCUAAAAGUCACUGAACCUUGAUUUUCCGCUUCAAAUUUCAGCUAUUGGGUCAUUUUUGGCUCAGAAAACAGUGUGCUGGAUUUGAGGGUUUUGAAUUGACUUUGUGUUUGAAUGGGCCGAAACUGGUGAUUCGUUGUUGUUUGUAAAAGGAGGGAAUUGAUAAUGGAGAGUUUUGAUGUUAUUGAUGGUGAUGAAAGGUAUUAUGAUAAUGGUAAGGAGGAUCAUUUACUUGAGGAGAUGGAGUCUUUUUUUCUUGACAUCGAUGAGCGGUUGGUCAUCUCUAGGAUGGUGAGUGACUCUGUUAUUAAGGGUAUGGUUAAUGCUGUUGAGGAACAAGCAGCUGAGAGAAUUGCUCGGAAAGAUUUGGAGGUGGUUGGGCUGAAGAAAAUGCUGCAUAGUCGCCAUGUGGGUUCAGAUGAAGUGAAGACACGGUUUUCGCUGCGUUGUAAUGAACCCCGUGAAGCUGCUAAAUGUCAUUUUUCAGAUGGUGUUGUUGAGCACAAUAUAGAGUAUGUGGAUGGUCUUAAAAUUGUGGUACAUGAGCAGUUAAAUCAGCUCAAGAAAGAAAUAAAUAAAGUAAGAGGACCUAGUUCCAUCAGAAGAUUCAGUUCAGGUUCUGAUUUGGUAGGUAUAGGUGGUAUUCUGCAGGAGAAUGUGCCAGAAAGAUGGAUUUAUGUAGAUAAAACUUUUGAAAGUCUAAAAGAUACUAUAGACACUUUUUGCAGAAGGAUAGAAAGUACGGAUCAGUUAUCAAAGGCCUCGCUUUCUGAGUGGCAGGAGGAGCAGGAGUUUCGUUCAGAAAUUGAACGGAUGGUGAUCAGCAAUUGUUUCUGGAGUUUGCAGCAGGAAUUCGAACAGAAAUUAUGGGACAAUUCUGACUUUGAAAGUAGAAACUUUGUUAACAAAUAUAAAGAGAUCUCAAGUUUGCGUCAGGAAUUGGAUUCAAUUUUCAAAAUACUAUCUCUUUCUGAAGCUGGGCUGCUUAUUUCUCAUGGAUCCUUGGAGAAUACUGAGGAAUGGUGUCAUAAUAAGAAGGCUGAUCAUUUCCAUGUCAAGCUAUCAACAGAUCAUUUACCGCCUUCAACUCUGGAAGAAAAUGGCACACACGAGGACUCAAAGAUUAGCAGGCCUGAAAAUUUGGAUUCUAGCUUACUAAAGCAAAUGUCUAAAGAUGAAUUGAUUACUUAUAUAACUAAAUUGAGGAGGAACCAUGAAUCUCAAGUGCACGAAAAGACUGAAGAAAACUUUCGACUUAGGCGGGAAAUAUUGAAUUUGAAAGAAAGAGGUUCUUCUUUUCCAUCGAAGAAGGACAAGGAUUUGGAUUUGUUGAAGAAAAAAAUCCCUGAUGUCAUCUCAAAACUCAAUAAUAUCCUUGUUGUAAAUGAGAAAAUGCUCCAAUUCAGUGAAAACAUAGACUCUUUUAGCAAUUUAAAGGGUAGAUUGGAUAUCUUGCACUCUGAGAAUCAUCAAAUAAAGGAAAUGCUAUCAGAUAAGAAGAAAGAGGUUAAGAGUCUAUCUUCUCAACUUUCUGAUGCAGUGGAACAAUUGUCACAGCAACAACUCACUGAGAAAAAAUGGUUACAAACUAUCCAGAAACUUGAGGAUGAUGUAGGGGGUGCCCAUGCUGAAGUGGCGGUUAUUCAAGAUGUAUAUAAAUGUCUCUUAGCAGAUAUGUUAAGUGAAUUUAGAUACAACACUGAAGAAUCACACCUAAGGAAUAGUUUUGAGCAAGAAAUAUAUGAAAUGAUAUUGAAAGAAACUGCUGACACUGCUCAAGCUUCGAUUGGGUUGGAAAUUGAGGAAGGAGAUAUGGAGUCAACUAUGAUGCAGGGGCUACUGGAUAUUAAUCAUAUUGUAUUUAGAGAAGCAUUGAUGGAAGCAAAUGAAGCGUUAAAAUUUGAAACUGCUGAGAAACAGAAACUAGAAUUUGAAAUGCUUAGGUCUAAAUCAGCAGUGGAAGAAAAGGAGAAGUUAAUACAAGAAGCAGCUGCUGCUUUGGUACAGGAGAAACAAAAGAUGGAGUUUGCAUCUGAUCAGGUUAACAGCUUGACUGCUAAGACAAUUCAGCAACAUAAAUUAAUUGAAGAGACCAGUAAAGAGUUGGACGUCACUCAGGGUGAGCUGGUUGCAGCAAUGAAGGAAAUUCAACAGUAUAAGGAGCAAAUGCGCCUAUUACAUCGACGUCUUGAACAAAAAAUGGAUGAGCUUGGAGUAAUUGAUGAAGAAAGAAGGGCACUUUGUGCUGCUAACCAAAAGCAGCAAGAUGCAUUAAAACUGUUUGAGGCAAAAGAAAGGGAAAGCGUGAAGCAGAUGGAAUUAACCAUUAAUCUCAUCCAUAAACUGUUGAACAUGAUUACUGGUUUUGAAGCUAGAGUUAAUAAAGAUAUUUCAAGAAAUUGUUUGAGGCUUAAAAACAUGAGUUCUGAGUUCUGUUGCCUCAAUACCAAAGCCAAUGCACUUAAAACCAUGGGAUUGGAGUAUAAGCAAAGGUUUGAAACAAGAUGUUCUGAUCUUGCAAAGGCUGAAGCAGAGGUUGAUCUGUUGGGGGAUGAGGUGGAUGCUCUUCUUACCCUCCUUGAAAAAAUAUAUAUCGCACUUGACCAUUAUUCACCCAUAUUGCAGCACUACCCUGGGAUUAUCGAGAUUCUGGAGCUUGUAAGAAGAGAAUUGAGUGGAGAGAUAAAAAAACAUUUUUAAUCAUAUGUUGUGGCCAGGAUCCUGCACUUGACCAACCAUCGGAUGUGGAGUUUCACAAGUAACUUUUUAGGGAACACCAUCAUGGUGUAAAUUGGUUCAUUAUUUUCAGCUUUAUAUCAGCCUCGCCUAUACAGAAAUGUCAGAGUUCUGGUGGUUGCAUUUUCUCUUUCAAAUUUUUUGGGGGGUUUCUCUUUUCAUGCCUGUUUCUGCAGAAGAUGGGCAACACCAGCGCAAUAAAGUGUUUUAGUCCAUGUUGUUUUUUAUUAAACUCUGCAGAGUAAGGGAGAGUAUGUACAAAUUUAUCCAUGUCUUGUUUAAAUCUUCUAAUGCAUACAGGUGACGAGUUGUACAGUUGCUCAUGAUUUACAUGCAGCUGGCUGAUGUAGCUGCUGGUUUUUGUUCUAAAGCAUAUUUUGACGAAAACAGCAACAAAAUAGAAUCAACAACUUGGCAUGUUUGGAUCAAUUUCUUCCUUUUCAUCAUACUCAAUUUUGCUAUCCAAAAGCUACUCAUAAUCUUCUCUCCAAAAUGAAUUAUGACUUUAGGAUCAAUUCUAGAAGGAUUUUCAAAUAUGCAGUUGCUAACACACCUUCGUUUUUGCCAUACACGAAUGCUUUCUGUGUGGUUGGCUAUAGCACAAACUUGCCUUCUCUCAUUGUAGUGCAUUGUUAUUUUCUAUACAAAUUUGUAUGUUAUUUGUGUCACGAGUUUCUGGAUGGCUUGUUCACAGUUUUAUGUAAUUGGCACAACCAUGUGGUAUUCUUUUGCAUUCUGGAAUUUGUUAUUCAAAUGGUACCA